GCGGUGCGGGAAUGACAGAGUACUUCACGUCGUUAGCAACUCAGCUACCUCUUAAGGUUUUCGAGGCAGAUUCGUCUUCCUCCAAAAGCCCCGUCAGUGACAAUGAUAUUGCCAGUCACACGAAUCAUGCACUUAAUAAAGGCGAGGGAUGCAUGUUAGAUGUAACACGAUUGAAGUCUGACCCCUUCUCUCUUCAGUCGGCUGAGCAACAGCCUCUUCAGCCUAGCAUCUAGUAUUACACCGUGAGGACCUGCCCCAAUCCUGCUAGUCAAAAGAGAUUGGCAAGCGCUGCUUUGGAAACUGGAACUAAGACAACAUACGGUCCCGGCACAAGGGCAAG